AUGAAAUUUCUUCUUCUAUUGUUUUGCACGACCGUAAUCGGUAUCAAACUCCCAACAAAAAGUCUUCUUGCAAAAAUUGCUGAUGUUAAACUGCAGAAAAGUAUUGUACCAAUCAUCAACUUCAUCGCGAAGAAUUCAACAACCGGUCUUGAAGAAUAUGCCGUGAACGAUAAUCAACACGUGAUUUUCUCGAAAAGUUAUGAAAUCGAGACGGUCGAAUUGAGUGAGACAACUUUUAAUUUGAAGUUUUUCAAUAUCAUCGGAACUAGUGAGAGACAUGUUUUGACGAAUCAGGGAAAUGUUGUUCUUGAGUUCAAUCCGGAUGUUUUGGGCUAUCAAAUUGUGUCGAUUGAUGAGACUAAUCGAGAGCAGCUUUUGGAUAAAAUUCAUAGUCAUGGAUUGUUGUAA